CGCCCAUGUGCGUUAUAUAUGGUGAUGCCGAAGAAAUUAGUAGCGGUCUAUGGACUGCGUCCUGUCCAGUCCCUAGCAAAUCUGAAGAUCCUAAGAAAUGGACGGGACCAAAUUUAUAUUUUAACAUCCUUAGUAACG